AAUGGACAGACCUGUUGUAUAUAAUAUUACAGCUCUUGGAUAUAUGAACUACUUGAGAAAAUGAAACGCGUACGCUGUUCGAGAUAGUAUUACACUUCGCCGCUCAGUCGGAAAUUCAUGUCAACAUAAACUGAGAACGCUGCGCCACAGUGAGUUUGUCGUGCAGGGAGCUGUAGGCCGAGGUAGUUGGGUCGAACGGGGUUGCUUAAACUUAAUGUGAUUUCACUAGUAAGAAUGGCAGCAAUUUGUCUGUUUUUUCUUCUUCUUCUACCAGUUGUUGCUACCCAGUCUUACCUUGAUAAUAAGCCCAAAAUUGACCAGUGCAGUUUUACAUUUAAUAUCCCCGGGCGAGAACUCAAGCCCCAGUGUGAAUCCCAGGAACUGGAACAAGCUAUUCAAACGUUGGAACAGCAGAAUGAGAGAUUUAAAGAAGACAAUGAAAAUCUGCGCCUGGAAAUAAAUAGCGUUAAGCGGUCCUAUGAUCAACUCGCCUCGCUCCUGGCAGAGGUAAAAGAACAGACAGACAGAUGGAAGGAGGCCAUUAGUAUGCCAAACUUCAAACCCUUGUUCAAACCAGAGGGAAUCGAUCCGAUCAGGGAAAUCUUUCCGGAUACAAUCAAAGGAGACUGCCAAUCUGCAUUUGACCAGGGAAUGAAAAAACCUGGCAUAUACACAUUACAGCCGGAGGAUUCCCAAUAUGGAUUCGUAGCUUACUGCGAUUCGGGGUGGACUGUACUACAAAGACGAUUUGAAGGAAAAGUAGACUUUUACAGAGACUAUGGCGACUACCUUGCUGGUUUUGGAAACGUUUCUGGUGAAUACUGGAUUGGUCUGGAAGCCAUGCACAUGUUGACCGCCGCACGGCCAAUGAAAUUACGUGUGGAAGCUCAGGCGUCGUUCGGAAAGUGGUACUAUGCCGAAUACGACAAUUUUAAGAUAGAAGACGAGGCAAACCACUUCCGUAUCUCUGUUGGAACCCUAUCCGACACCAACUACAAAGAUGGGCUAGAACCGUACGAUGGCCUGGAAUUCUCCACCUUGGACAAGGAUUAUGAUUCGUGGUAUUAUGGGAGCUGUGCCGGUCUCUAUAGAGGGGGAUGGUGGUUUGGAAAUUGCGGCGGCAAUAUAAAUCUGCCCCACGGUAAGGGACCUGGAAGAAUGGAGUGGGCCGACGUAAAUGUGGUUAAAUCCCUAAUGAAAAUCAGACCCUUGGAAAGUACUAGAGGAUAGAUCUAAAUCUGAACAGAAAUAAAUUAUGAAGUUCAGAAUCACUUCGAUAUUAGAGUGCAAAAGUAUGCGGAUAUGCCAGUGAGUAUUUGAUUUGAUCUUUCUGAAAUGGCACAAUGGAUUUAAUGGAUUUUGGUUGCUUUUGUUCGUUUCCUAGGCUUUAAAAAUGCUUCAUAGUGAACACAAAACCGAUCAGUGUUUGUGGCGAUAUCAUGUUCUGACAUACCAUGAAAAAAUGGUAAUGUCAUAGUUAUGAUAAGCAUUAUGGUGGAUAAGUUGGUAGGCCUGUUGCGCGCACAUUUUAGAACGUUUAAAAAGGGCCCUUUUUACGUCAAGAGAUUUUGAAAGGCACAUUUUGGAACGUUAAAAAAUAUCCCUUUUUAUGCCAACAGAUUGUUUUGUUGGGCAGCCACUAAUGUUUCCCAACGUACAUCGUUUGCAAUUCUAACAUCAAGUCUGACGUUUUUGCUGUAUUGGUUUCCACUUUACCAGUAAGAAAAUACCGCAAACGAAAGCGAGAGAAGUGCAAUACUAAUUCGAGAAAAAUUGGAAUAGUCCCGUUAAUUCCAGUGUAAACAAUUCAAUUUUUUGUUCAACUUAGAUUACCACCUCAGUUGCCUAAAACAGAAAUUAACGGUGUAUCCAUGCUGACUGAAGGUGUGGAAUUCACCACAUAGUCUGUAAUUAGGGGAAGGUGUCUACUUCACCGAGGGCACCAUUCUGGUUUUAAUAAAAUAAUUACACAAAA